CACCACACGAAACCCUUGUACCGACUGUUCUUCAACCUCUCUUUCUCUCUAUUCUCCUACUUCGCUUAUUUCCUUCAAACUUUUCUUCUCUCGUCCCAUCAUCAUCAUGUCCUCCCAUACCAAUCUCCACUCUCCUAAACCGGAUCACCGUACCACCGGCACAUCCCAUACCAAAAAACCACCGUCCUCCUCCGCCUCUCAAGACCAACAAACCCUAAAAUGUCCUCGUUGCAACUCCUCAAACACAAAGUUUUGUUACUACAACAACUACAGCCUCUCUCAGCCUCGUCACUUCUGCAAAGCUUGCCGCCGUUACUGGACACGUGGCGGUGCCUUAAGAAACGUCCCCAUCGGUGGAGGUUGUCGGAAAACAAAAAAAUCAUUCAAACCUAACUCAGCAAUAACUCCUUCUUCUUCAUCAUCUCAGAGAUUUUUCUCUUCGAUCAUGGAAGAUUCCACCAAGUUCUUCCCUCCUCCUACAACAAUGGAUUUUCAGCUCGCUGGUUUGUCUCUCAACAAAAUCAACGAUCUUCAACUUAUGAAUAAUCAAGAAGUUCUUGGCCUUAGGCCCAUGGACCAGGUCGAAACAACACCCGUUGAUGUUGGGUCGGGUUUAUCUUUAAUGGGUUUCGGAGACUACAACAACAACAACAACAACAACAAUCAUUCAUCGGGAACGUUCACAACCGCCGGAGCAACGGACGGUAACUUAGCUACUUCGAUAGAAACUUUGAGUUGCUUGAACCAAGAUUUGCACUGGAGACUUCAGCAGCAGAGGAUGGCUAUGCUUUUUGGUAGCUCUAAAGAAGAGACUGUCGUUGUGGAGAGGCCACAGCCGAUACUUUACAGGAAUCUAGAGAUCGUGAACUCACCGCCCUCGCCGACCAAGAAAGGAGAUAAUCAGACAGAGUGGUAUUUUGGUAAUAAUAAUAAUGAUAACGAAGGGGUGGCUAAUAAUAAUAACACAGGAGGAAGUGAGCAAUGGAACAAUGGAGUUCAAGCUUGGACUGAUCUUAACCAUUAUAAUGCUAUGCCAUGACUCUUGGUAAGUUAAAGAAACUAUAUCAUAUGAUCAGAUAUUUAAAAUUAUGUGUGUUUGUUAUGUAAUGCCAAAAAAGUAUUUAUGUUUGUAGUAUUUGUUAUGUUUGGGGUGUUCUUUGUAGUCAGCUUUAUUUUCUGUUGUUGUUUACUGUUUUAGUAUUAUAAGUUUCAAUUUGUAAACAAAAAUUCUAAGAAUUGAGAGAUAAAACUAUAGUAAUAGAUUCUCCAAACUUGCGACUUUUCUGUACACAUAAUUAUUUCAAUGUUGGAAAAUUCCAAACAA